CGGCAGCGGCGAUGCCACCACCACCACCACCAGAUCCAACACAACGGCAAGGAGGAGUGCAGGCACAAGGAGGAGUGCAGGCACAAAGAGGAGUGCCACCGCAGGUAGCCGUACAAACCCCGGGCCAGCAAGUGGUUACGAUGACCCGGGAGGAGAUGCAGAGGAUAGCCGCGGCCGCGGCGGCGCAGGCGGUGCAACAGGUCACAAGUCACACAUCGCACGCCACCACUGCGCCGACAACGACAACGGGGAACCAGGAUGAGAAUGUGUCCAGUUAUGGGGAAGGAGGAGCUGGGAGAGAUCGGGCCAUGGAGAGGAUGGCGGAGCAGUUGCGCCAGUUGCAAGAUAAGGUGGAGGGAAGGCCAGAGAGGAGAGCUCGAGGACAUCCCUUUUCAAGGGAGAUCCUCGCUGCUCCUUUGCUGAACAAUUUCAAGGAGACCAACUUGGUGUAUGACGG